CAGACAAAACAGACGGUGCGCGGUUCAAGGAUCUCCAGUUUUCUUGCUCUAUCUCAUCUCCCUUCCCUUCCCUUUCCUUUCCUUUCUCAACUGACUAACUAACUCACUCCUAUCUCUCUCUCUCUCUCUCUCUCUCUCUCUCUCUCUCUCUCUCUCUCACACACACACAAUUCCUCACCUUCCUUAUUUUCCAUCACAACCAUGAACUCCACCACCCCAUUAACACCAACACCACUCCCUACUUUCCCUCCCUUCUUCUUCCCCACUCACUCCUUAAACCCUAAACGCAAACCAAACGACAGAAAAAAUCUCUGCUCGACAUCAAUCAAAUGCGUCAGCAACACCGGCGCUGCCUUCAGUUCCCGUCAUGCUAUCAAACCAAAUAUUAUUCACAACCCUUGCGCGCUGGCGUCUUGCUUGGCGGAGCCUCCAGCCUCUUCACCGCUCGUUGCGGACAAGGUGAAGAUACUCGUCUUGGAAUUCAAGGCCUUAUCGGAGCCGAUAGACAGGGUGAAGAGGCUGCUACACUACGCGGCGAACCUGCCGCCGUGUAGAGAGUUGACUAGGGAGCCGGAGAGCCGGGUGCCGGGCUGCACGACGCAGGUGUGGAUGGAGGCCGAGCUUGACGAGCUGGGAAGGAUGAGGUUUAGAGCAGAUAGCGACUCGGAGAUCUCGAAAGGGUUCUGCUCGUGCCUGAUAUGGAUGCUCGACGGCGCCGAGCCGAGGGAGGUGUUGGAAAUAAGGGGGAAGGAUUUGGAAGAUGUGAAUGUGGGACUGUAUGGUAAGGCUAAUUCGAGAGUGAACACAUGGCACAACGUGUUGUUGGCGAUGCAGAGGAAGACUCGGGAUUUGGUUACGGCGGCGGAGAGAUCGUCGGAGCAGCGGCCGUCUGCCUUUUCUGUUUGUGAAUGAGACCACCAGGACAGCAAAAGGUUCUUAUUGAUUCGGUUGCCAAUAUCAAUAGUCUAAUGUGACAAACAUUGAUUUGGUUAAAUCACCGAUCUGAUCGAUGAUGCCAGAUGAACUUUCUGUGAUUAGCAGCUGGGUUUACGAGGAGUGAAGGGUGCUCCGGUAUCAUUAUUUGUAUCUGUGAGUUGUGACGCUAGAAUCUUCAUGCUUAUUUGGUCAUGAAGCCACUUCCAGUUUUAGUCCUUCUGGUUUUGAAUUGGUUUGUUGCUGUUUUUGGUCAGCAAAUUGUUCUUCAAAACAAACAAGUAGCAGAAGUUCAUAGCAUUAUUUUUCAGUUUUCCUAUCUACGAUUUCCUUUCAGAUUUUGUGGACAUGCCCUGCAAUAUACAAAAGGGGCGUGAUAAGUUUGUCUGUCACAUUCUUCAGUCAUUUUGCUAGAUCAUCAGGCGAAAGUUGCGCCAAGCUUGAAAGUUCCUUGAUGUUGCAGGCAUGUGUUCUCAAGCAAAUUGUUGAGUAGGAACAUGGUGUGGACUUGUGGACAUUAGAUCUGAUCAUGAUGCAUCUGAGUUUUCUCCAUCUGCUCAUCUGCCUUCUUUCAUUAUAGUGUACAUUGUGCCUGUAUAGCUUUUUCUUCUUUAAGCUUGAACCUUUCUGCAUAGACUUGCAAUAUUUCAGCAGUGGAAAUCGAUUGGAACAUACCCCCAUCUGUAUGUAAAAUCAAUUUCUUUCGCUUAUUAGAAACCAUUCGGAA